ACACACCUGAGUGACCCGGAUGUUCUCCCGGAGCUGCUGAGCAUGUGUUUACACUGGAGUUAGCUCGCUUCAACUAUAUUUAUAUAAUAAAACUGUCCAAAAUGUCUUCGAAGAGUCGGGAUAACGAGGAUAAUUGUGAAGGGCAGUCUGCACUAAAGGAAGAACUCAACAAAAAGAUCAAAGAGCAGAAGGUUGUAGUGGACGAGCUCUCCAAUCUGAAGAAAACCAGGAAAGUCUACAUCCAGCAGACGAACAGCAACAUUUUCUUCCUGGCAGACAGAAGUCAAACACUGAGUGCAAGCAAAAAGGAACUGGAUAACAUGAAAAAGGAUCUGCAGGACAUGUAAAACUGACCUCCACUGCAACAACAAUGUGUGGCAUCUUUUGUCUGUUGAGUCUGUCCCCGAGUCAGUUCGAAUGGGACAAAACGGUCCAUGAACAUUUGA